AUGAUUUUACUGCGUUAUCAGUUGUCAGGUGAACUGGAGAAUACUUCUAGCACCAACUUAGCGUUGGCAACAUCAAAUUCUAGUGAAGAGGCUGCAUUCCCUUUGCCCUCUGAGAAGAUAAUGAGCGACAUGCCGCAUACAAAAAUCUAUCCUAAUGUCAAGCAAGAGAAAGAUUCCUGCGUAGUGCCUGAGAAAGAACCAAGUCAUGUAUCUCAGAAACAGAGUUCUGAUACAGUAAACCGUACAUCAUCUAGUGAUAAGGCCUCCCUCGUGACCGAACAUAAACAAUAUGAUGUCCAUCAGAGACAAACCUCUGGUGGCAAUCAUGAUUUUCCAGAAACCCAUGGAGAAGAGGGAAUUUGGUCAGGGAAGAAUGAAAAUGAAAAGGACUCAGAUAUCUCGAUGGAAAUAGCGAAUUCAAGUCCAUGCAUUCCCUCACAAGAAUCUGAUCCAGCCUCUCAUGUUAUUGGAGGUGUUUCUAGAAGCCUAAAGGAUAAACCCACUGAUUUGCAUUCAAACCAGAGCCCUGAUGUUGGAGUAAAAACAUCUUUGAUAUGUGAUAUAGAAAGAACUUCUAAAAAGAGGGAGAUGGUAGGAGGUAAAUCACUGGCCAUACAAAGUGUCAAUGGGGUGCCUUCAUCCCUGUCCAACGAGCAGAUGCUGACUCAGUCCCCUCAGCCUGUAAAAGUUUUGGAGAAAUUGCAGCCCAGGCGGUACCCAGAUACUGGAGGUUGUAGUUCCCAACAUGAUCAAGUGACAAUCAGUUCGGGGCACUCCGAAAAGCUAUCUGCUUUACCAAAAGAAGAACAUCAUCCUGACAAUUUACAGCCUAGAGAGUGCAUACGUGAUAGCAAUCAUGCAUUAUUGAGCAACGAAGAAAAAGGUGCUAGCAUUAAAGGCGAGUCAGUUCAAGGUUCAAGUUUGAGCAUGGGAGUGCCUGUAUCUGAACAUGGCCAAGAGAGCUAUUCAUAUUCUAAGAAGUUUGAAAAAGUGGAGAAAUUGCAGCCUAGACGAAACCUCGACUCUGUAGUUCAGGAAUCACGUGCUGAUGUUGGAAGUGCUGCCUCCAAAGCACCAGACAAAGGAUUAGAUGAUGGCUAUAGCUGGAGAAAGUAUGGACAGAAGCUUGUAAAAGGAAAUAAAUUUGUUCGAAGCUAUUACAAAUGUACUUAUCCCAAUUGCCAGGCUAAAAAACAAGUAGAGAAAUCACAUGAUGGGUGUAAAUCAGACAUCAAGUACCUUGGGAAUCAUCAUCAUCAGAAACCACAGCAGAGUCCCCAGGUGACUAAUACUCUUCAAGUAAGAACGCCAGAGAUGUCCAUUGCAUCUACAUCAAAAGCCAAUGUUGUGCCGAUCACCAAGCAUGUCAGUUCAGAUCAAUUGGCAGAACUCUCACCUCAAUCAGCUGUUGGAAAAAGUGCUGGUGGUUUGCCAGGAGUAGUUUCCUGUUCAAAUAACGAUACUAAGGAUCUAGAAGAUUUCCCUGAUCCCAAACGGCAGAAAAGAGGCAUAAGUUCUGCAGAUGGUGAUGUAAUGAAUAGAUCUAGUUCUGAUUCACGGCAUGUUGUUCAAACUUUGAGUGAGAUUGAUUUGGUUAAUGAUGGAUACCGGUGGCGUAAAUAUGGGCAGAAGUUGGUAAAAGGCAAUCCGAACCCUAGGAGUUACUACAGGUGUUCAAACACUGGUUGCCCGGUUAAGAAACAUGUCGAAAGAGCCUCACAUAAUCAGAAGUUAGUCAUUACUACGUAUGAAGGAGAACACAUCCAUGACAUUCCCACUUCCAGGACUGUUGGCCAAAGCAUAGCCAAAGGUGAUGAUGAUAAUAUGGUUAGCCCAAAUGGUGAGUCUAGUUCCAAACCCAAAGACAAGAGCCCUGUUUCACUUGAAAUGGCUGUUCGUGUUAUUGCGAGCUGAGCUUGCCAUCAACUCUGAGAUGCUUGUUACAUCACUCAAAAUUGUUAUCAGCGUGAUUGUAUUCAGCGACAUAUUUUUCUAUAUCAUUCUAUUGGGGUGGUGUGCGGACACUUCUUCUAGCUCGACGAGUGAUCAUUGUAACAGUUCAGUAGUUUAACUUGUUGAUUGGUUGGACCCAGGCUGUGGAAUAAUUUGUUUAUGUUGUAUAAAUGUGUUCAUGUGAGUUAUAAAUUGUAGUGUAGAUUACCCAUUGUA